CUGCUUGUCACACUGAUCUCACACACUCUCCGCUGGACUUGGGGCUACUACUUGCUGCAUCUGAAAGGCUGAAACUCUCUGGGAAUAAAGAAUCCUUGUAACAAUGCCAGAACCCACCAAGAAAGAUGAAACCGAAAAUGAAAGUGCACCGCCACCUCCAGAACAAACAACACCACAGGAGGGUGGAAAUGAAAAGGGUAAAGAUGAAGAUGACACCUCAGUUAGUACUCCACCAGCAGAUGGGAUGUCUAAGCCAGCGGAAAGAAAAGAUUCAGUAUGGUCUCUUGGAGAAGGAGCUCCGGAAGAGUCAGAAAAACGCGAUGACUCCCAGAGAUCCACUUUGUUCGUCGAGAAACCUCAGAGUGGGACAGUGAGUGUUGGUGGGAAUAUUACAUUUAUAGCCAAAGUAGAAGCCAAAGACCUUCUCCGAAAGCCAAAUGUUAAGUGGUUUAAAGGAAAAUGGAUGGAUCUGGCCAGUAAAGCGGGGAAGCACCUGCAGCUGAAGGAGUCCUUCGAGCGUCACACUAAGAUUCACACAUUUGAGAUGCAGAUCAUCAAAGCUAAGGAAAACUAUGCAGGGAACUAUCGCUGUGAAGUAUCUUAUAAGGACAAAUUUGAUAGCUGCUCUUUUGACCUUGAAGUCACUGAAUCUUCCCAAGCUGCUCCAUCCAUUGACAUCAGAUCUGCUUUCAAAAGAAGUGGUGAAGGACAAGAGGAUGCAGGAGAACUUGACUUUAGUGGUCUCCUGAAACGUAGGGAGGUUAAACAGCAAGAGGAAGAGCCUGAGGUGGACGUGUGGGAUCUGCUGAAGAACGCGAAUCCCAGCGAGUACGAGAAGAUUGCUUUCCAGUACGGCAUCACCGACCUCAGGGGGAUGCUGAAGCGGCUGAAGCGCAUGCGCAGGGAAGUGAAGAAGAGUGCAGCUUUUGCCAAAGGCCUUGAUCCUGCAUACCAGGUGGACAAAGGAGGUAAAGUAAGGUUCAUGGUGGAGCUAGCAGAUCCAACAGUGGAACUCAAGUGGUAUAAAAAUGGCCAAGAAAUACGACCAAGUGCAAAAUACAUUUUUGAGCACAAAGGUAACCAGCGAAUUUUAUUCAUCAAUAACUGUACGAUGACAGAUGAUGCUCGCUAUUACGUAACAGCUGGUGAUGAGAAAUGCUCCACAGAACUGUUUGUGAGAGAUCCUCCGAUUUUGGUCACCAAAGGCCUGGAGGAUACCAGCACUUAUGUGGGUGAACGAGUAGAACUGAGCUGUGAAGUGUCUGAGGAUGAUGCAAAUGUGAAAUGGUUUAGAAAUGGCGUAGAACUUACCAACGAUCCUAAAUCUCGGUAUCGAAUUAAGGUUGAGGGUAAAAAACACACUUUGGUCAUAGAGGAAGCUGCCAAAAAUGACACUGCAACUUACUCAGUAAUGACAACUGGAGGGCAAUCAGAAGCCAAGCUUGCAGUUGACUUGAGACCAUUGAAGAUAUCACUUGCACUACAAGACCAGACUGUGAGGCUGGGACAGGAAAUCCACUUGAAGUGUGAGAUAUCUGAGAAUGUGGAAGGGAAAUGGUACAAAAAUGGGCAGCUGAUUGAAGCUAGUGACCGUGUAAAGCUUUAUCACAAAGGGAGAAUUCACAGAUUUGUUAUACCAGUUUCUGCUGUUGAUGAUGAAGGUGAAUACAUGUUUGUGCCAGAUGCCUACAACAUUAAUAUUCCAUGCAAAGUACAUAUUGUGGAUCCUCCUAAACUUCACCUGGAUGGGCUUGGGGAAAAUAACACUGUGACAGUAGUGGCAGGAAAUAAACUACGACUUGAGAUCCCCAUCACUGGUGAACCAACCCCAAAAGUCUUUUGGAGCAGAGGGGACAAGAUGGUCACAGACAGUGGAAGAAUACGGGCAGAAACGUACCCAGACAGCAGCUGCCUGGUCAUUGAUGCAGCUGAGAGGGAGGAUUCGGGUCCUUUCAGAAUCACUUUAAAGAACGAGGCUGGAGAGGAUUCAGCUCUAAUCAACAUUAAAGUGGUUGAUGUCCCUGAUCCUCCUCAGGCACCAAAUGUGACUGAGGUGGGUGAAGACUGGUGUAUUAUGACCUGGGAACCUCCAGCAAAUGAUGGUGGAUCACCCAUUUUAGGAUAUUUCAUUGAGAGGAAAAAGAAACAGAGCUCCAGGUGGAUGAGGCUGAAUUUUGAACUGUGUAAGGAAACAACUUUUGAGCCAAAGAAAAUGAUUGAAGGUGUUGCUUAUGAGGUCCGUGUGUUUGCUGUCAAUGCCAUCGGCAUGUCCAAGCCAAGUAUGCCUUCCAAGUCCUUUGUUCCUUUAGCUGUUACCAGCCCCCCAACUCUGCUGGCAGUGGACAGUGUGACCGACACCUCGGUGACAAUGAAGUGGAGGCCACCAGACCAGAUUGGGGCGGCAGGGCUGGACGGCUACGUGGUGGAAUACUGCUUUGAAGGAAGUAUAUCGACAGAUCUGUCUGAGGAAUUGGGGGAGCCACCUUUUAACCUGGAAGCCGAUGAAUGGAUCGUGGCUAACCCAGAGCUGACAGACAAAACCAAAUUUACCAUUAAUGGCCUUCCGACUGGCUCCAAAAUCCUUGUGAGAGUAAAAGCUGUGAAUGCUGCUGGUGAGAGUGAGCCCAAGUACCACCCACAGCCUAUCUUAGUCAAGGAAGUGAUAGAACCUCCAAAGAUUCGUCUACCAAGACACUUAAAACAAACCUAUACUCGGAGAGUUGGAGAAACUGUGAAUCUUGUUAUUCCUUUCCAGGGAAAACCAAGAGCAAAAGUAUCGUGGGAGAAGAACGGUUCUCCGAUCGACAAGAACGACAUCAACAUCCGCAACACCGAGAACGACACCAUCAUCUUCAUCCGAAAGGCAGAGCGGGGCCACUCCGGGGAGUACGACAUGAAGGUGGAGGUGGAGAACCUGGUGGACAAGGCUACCAUAGACAUUCAGAUCGUUGAUCGCCCAGGCCCACCAGAGGUUGUAACCAUUGAGGAUGUCUGGGGAGAGAAUGUGAAUUUAUCAUGGAAACCACCAAAAGAUGAUGGCAAUGCUGCCAUUACUGGGUACACUAUUCAAAAAGCAGAUAAGAAGAGUAUGGAGUGGUUCACCGUGAUCGAGCACUACCAUCGCACCAGUGCCACCAUCAAUGAGCUGGUCAUAGGCAACGAGUACUACUUCAGGGUCUUUGCUGAAAACAUGUGUGGCCUCAGCGAGGAUGCAACCAUGACCAAAGAGAGUGCUUUGAUUGCAAAGGAUGGUAAAGUCUACAAAUACCCAGUCUAUGAUGACUUUGACUUCAGCGAGCGGCCGCUGUUCACUCAGCCCCUGGUGAACACGUUUGCUGUGGCUGGCUACAACGCCACCCUGAACUGCAGCGUCCGGGGCAACCCCAAGCCCAAAAUAACCUGGAUGAAAAACAAAGUGCUCAUAAUGAAUGACCCAAGGUACCGAAUGUUCAGCAACCAAGGUGUCUGUACCUUGGAGAUCCGCAAACCCAGCCCCUAUGAUGGAGGCACUUACACCUGCCGAGCCGUCAAUGAACUGGGAGAGGCAGAGGUGGACUGCAAACUGGAAGUCAGAGUGAUCUAUCAUGGAGUAAUUAACCCAGGAGAACCACUCAGCUUGGCGGGGGAUAAUCAGUUACACAGUAAGGAUUUUUGAAUGUAUAUUGUCAUCUAAGGUGGGCUUUCGUUCUUCAAGCUAUUAAUGGAUGGAGUGCCUCCGCAUAUCAUUGACUCGUAUAUGCGU